AUGCGGCUCUGGUCAUCUAUUCUCCGUGGCUUGCUGCUUACCUCGCAGGCUGCGCAAGUGUCUACCAGCAGUAUACAUGAGGCAGGAUUCCUCUCUUCCAAUUUCCUUCGAACUAGAGGCGAGGACAUCGAAGCACAUCUCCGCCAACAUGCAAACGAUAGAAUCAGGAGCAUGCAACGAAGACAGACACCUUCAGCAAUCGCAGGAGCUCCAGGACCUUCACUUAGCCCGGCUUCUGGAGAUGCAUCCAACUUUGACCUGAACGCGUGGCAAGCGCAGACACAAGCCGCUUGCAUGAAUUCAAUAGCCGCACUUAACGGGCAGGCCUCAAACCCAAGUGGCAUGGCCGUAUGCUACAAUCUUCCUUUCCUCGACAACAGUACCGGUGUCUUCCAGGCAGAGUUGCGACUGUACAACGUGUCUGCUCCGGUCGAUACGUGGAAAGGUGUGACGGAGAACGAUAUCAGCUUGGAGUUGGCAUACACUGGAGCUACAGUUCAAGCUACGAAUGAUACGUUCGCCAAACGUGACACUACAUUGUCAUGGCCUCCGGUCCGUGCGAGACUCGUAUUGAAGCACGUGGCAACGACGAAGCUCGAGGCCAGACAGGACGCUUCUAGCACAAAGGAGCUGCAGGUGUUGAACUAUGUCGGUCGAGUGAAUGCUAACUUGUUGGGCAGUGCCAUGUCCAAUCCUCGACUACAACAGUUCCUCGUACCGACGAUCCGUCUGACAGCGACCUCACCAAGUACAAACGAACAGGUCAACACAGUUCUCUCUUCAAGCGAAGCAUCCUUUGUCAACGGAGUCUUCUCCCAAGCAGCCGUGAGUAGCCCAGACUCGGCCGCCCAAGCAUCCGCAUCCGCGGCUGCAGCCAUACCCUUCGUGUUACCAGGCGUUACCUUUGGAAUCUUCCCUGUCGGCUUCAUCAUCACCAUGUCCUGGACAGUCCUUUUCGUCGCAGUCGUCGGCUAUGGAACCUGGGGCAGAUAUCAGUUUCGAGAGCAUUACCGGAGAAGGGUCAAGAGGGAUCAGGCCAUCGCGCUCAACAACAUAUGA